AUAGCUGUCAGCUUCAACCACCAAGACCUAUCAGUAACCAGUAGGCGACAUCCGGAGGAUUUGGUGUCAAUUUUGCAAUCGGUCGCAUUGGAAAUCGUCACAACUGGCUCCGGAAUACAGAUGCCAUGGGCAACAAGGUGUCGCCGAGCCCGGACGACCUCCCGCCCGUCGAAGACUCGUACGAGCUACUGUGCAAAGAUGGCAAGCGGAAAAUUUGGUGCAAACAGUGGAAACCCAACAAUAUAGAGAAAGCGAGAUGUGCCAUCUACAUCUGCCACGGCUUGGGUGAACACUGCAUGGUGUACGACUUCAUCGCAAAAAUUUGGGCGCAGAAAUACGAUGCUCUUGUGAUGGCCAACGACCACAUGGGUCACGGAAGGAGCGAAGGCCAACCCCGCGCCUACACCGACAGUCUCUCCACAUUCGUAUCGGACGUGCACAUGCAUAUAGAAGAGGCUUAUCAGAAAUUGCAAAAAACUCCCGAAGAGCUGCCGCUGUUUAUUUUUGGACACUCGAUGGGAGGCGCAAUCUCCCUGCUUCUCGCGCGGGAGAAUCCUAAACGUAUCACUGGAGGGCUCAUGCUCAUGGGACCGCUGAUAGAAUACAGCACAUAUAACCUGGCGAACCUCAUAAAGUACCAUUUGACGAAGACGAUUGGGAGCAUCCUACCCGCGAACAUGCCCGCUUCGCCUUUACUGUAUACAGACUGCGUCUCGGAGCCGGAGCAAGCUGCGGAAUUCAAUAAGGAUCCUCUACGUUAUCAUGGAUGGAUACGAUUCGGAAUCGUUCGCGCCAUGUUCAAGGCGGUCGAAGAAAUCCGGGACAUGGCCGACAAGUUCGACGUCCCGAUAUUCCUUGGACACGGCACAGCCGACAAGCUCUGUUGUCCCACGGCGGCUCAGAUCUUCAUCGACAAGGCUGCUUCGAAAGUGAAAACGCUCAAGAUAUACCAAGGUGGCGCUCACUGUCUCUUCCACGAGUUCAAGAGCGGAAUCCGCAACGAUCUGAUCCGUGAUCUGGACGAAUGGCUGCACGAUCGCAUGAAGGCGACGGGAAGCUAAGCAGAGUUGGAAGUUAUCGGAUGCCUUACGGCCAGCUUCUGAUUGAAGCUGGAUAUCGCCAGACUCC